CAGAUCAAUUUUAGGGAUCGUCGCGUUCGAAGCCUUCUCUGCCCCCAGAGAGACUCCCCCGCAUCAAUCUCCGGCCAGGUAGGCCGCCGAAAGGAGCAAUUCCCUCGACUUACAUGAGAAGGUCGAAUUCCUUCGGAUUGACUUCCCUUCCACUAGCCCAAUGCCGUCGGUGUUGGGAGCCACCGUAGGCGACACAGGUGGACUUUCCUGCCGUAAGAAAUCAUGGAUGCGAUCGCCCUCGAAGGUAAAGAGUAUGUUUCAACCUUUUGAACAACCGAGGCAACAAGAAGUCUUUCCAUCCUCUUCUGCGCCAGCCUUUCAUCCAACACCGUAUUUACUCGAUCAAUCUCUCUUGCUUGAUAUGACAAUUUCCGUAGCAUCGCUAAUGCAGACAUAUCAAGGAGAAAUGCACCAAUUUGUCCAGUUACAGAAUCAGCGGCUCGUGCAGACGCUUCUUGAGCAGAGGAAUCAGCAUGUGGAAUCUCUUUUGAAUAAUUUUCAAGCAAAGGUUGCAGUGCUACUUAAGGCAAAAGACGACGAGCUCACAAUUGCGAUGAUGAGACAGCAAGAAUUACAAGAGAAGCUGAAGACUGCUGAGGAGUCCAAAGCGAUGUGGGAAAGUAUUGCAAAGCAAAAUGAGGCCCAGAUUUUGUCUCUCAGGACUGUGCUUCAGCAGAUACAACAACCUCAAUUCUCUACGAAUUCGGGAGGCGCGCCAAUUAGCAUCAGUUCCAACUCACGGAUGGAAGUAAAAAAAGAAAUGAAGCCAACAAAGGAUGGCAAUGACAAGAUCAUUCUUCCAUGCAAGUGUUGUGGCUCUCGCAAUGCAUGCCAACUGCUCCUCCCUUGUCGCCAUCUUUGUACAUGCAAACAAUGCACAGAUUCCCUCACCGCAUGCCCUGUUUGCAGCUCUAAGAUAGCAGUUAAUUCGAAGGUCCUCUUGUGAGGCUGCAUCACCUGCUCAUGAAGAAACAACAAAUAACGAUGUCCAAUCUCGCGCUUUAAGUUAGCCUUCAUUGUUUUAUGCACUAUGUUUCCUUUCCUUCCUGUUCUCUGAACAAAUGUUUUUUCAAUAUCGAACUUAUGGUUUCCUGUAGAUCUAUAUCAUUGCUGAAGUUGAUAUAAUCCUUAUUUCGAUCA